UAGGAGGAGGAGGAGGAGGAGAAGUUGUUAUGAAUAAUGAAGUGGCGUUGUGCUGUUGUAGAUCCGCAUGUCACAGUAGCGGCAAGUGAUGCCGGAAGGAUAAUACGGAUCUGAGUAGAGUACAUGACCGGCGCUACAUGACACGACGAAUAUCAUGUUUAUGCUAUGUUGCGUUGCCGCACUUAGGCUACAUGUCACUUUGUGGGUCAUCUGUUGAAUAUCAUCAAAAUGCCCCUACCAAAAAUACUAAAAAAGGCAUCAAGCUACAUAUUGGGUACACAGACGGGGACUCCUCAUCAGCCUUUCAACGACGGGGAAGUUGUUUUUUGUAAGAACAAUGUUUGUGUGCAUCCACCAGCACUUCUCAGACAGGACUGUGAUGUUGUUCAUCAUCCUGGGUACUUGACUAUAACUUGCCAGGUGACGCCAGACAGAACCAGAACAACACUCAGUCUAACAUGGAUACCAAAUACAACACUGAGGAAAAAUCCAUGGGCUAUUGAAAGACAGGAAUCUCACAUACACCGUGGUGACAAUGACCACGAUGGAGGCAGCCUCUCAAGCAGAAGCUCAAAUCCUAAAGAUGACACAAAUGAUGAGUAUCCGAGUAUUAGUCCCAUUCCGGAGAACUACAGGAAGAGUUCGGCUGAAAGCAUUGAAUCUCAGUAUAGUGCAUCUGACGGAAGCUUGCAGCCGGCAGUUCAGGAAAGUGCUUCUCAGAAAUCCGAUCAGUACAGUAAGAAUUUGUCUUCCUCAAACUCGGAGCGAGAUAGUUCGCAUAACAGUUUAAAUAUGGAAAUUCAGAACUGUGCAAAGGAGGAGAAUGUAAACAGCAUAACUGUACAGCACUGCGAGGAAGCAGUGCCAUCAGAUAACACGGAAGUGGAGCACACAGUGCGGCCACAUUUGCUUCCCUGCGAGAAAGAAGGUGACGAAUCUCAGGAGAAGGACGCCCAGCCCAGCCCUUCCCUGUCACAGGCUUCCAGCUGCAGCCUGGCAGUGCCGCUCUCCUUCCUGGGCGGAACUUCAGAUGAUAUUCCUACUUGGAUGAGUUCACCUGAGCUGCUGGCUCUGCGUCACAAUCUCAACUUUCCUGAGAGCCAGACUGCAUCUCCAGUUGUUCGCAGGACACACAAAUGUCGUCGCUUUUCUGUCGAUCUAAGCCAGAUGCGUUCACUGCGGUUGUUCUUCAAUGAUACAGAAUGUACCUGUGGCCAGUUGGUAGUUGCUUCACGUGAAAGCCAGUAUAAAAUUCUUCACUUCCACCAUGGUGGCUUGGAUAGGCUGGCUAAAGUUUUACAAGAGUGGAGCUUCCUUCUUCAUGCUGACCUACCAUCAGCAGAAGACUCACUACCAUACAGACAUUUCAUGGUUUGCAGGCCAGAAGUGAGUGAAGAAGAACUGCAUCCUGAGGAAGGACACACAGCACCAAUAAGCAGGGAAGUGUGGGAGAGCCUGCUCAACGAACUGGGGCAGGUAGAAGAUGAUCUGGCAUUGCGAAAGGAUAUAUUUUUUGGAGGCCUGGAACCAGAAAUGAGAAGCACAGUGUGGCCAUUCCUGCUUCACUGUUAUUCUUAUCAGAGCACACAUGAAGAAAGGGAUCAGAUUAUUGCCAUCCGCAGGCAGGAAUACCAUGAGAUAACUCGUAGAAGAAAUGAAAUGGACCCAGUAAGCCAAGAGAAUUUUUGGCGGAAUAUACAGUGUAUUGUGGAGAAAGAUGUUGUCCGCACUGAUCGGGGAAAUCCGUACUUUGCAGGAGAAGACAAUCCAAACAUUGAAGUAAUGAAAACACCGGAAUUCUACCAGUUACCAGAAAUGAUAAAAAAAUUGCAGACACUGAUGGAUAAAUACAGAGACAGCAUAACAAGUGUGAACCCUUGCAGUACAAAGUAUGGAGUGACUGAAAUCAUGAAACAUAGGUUUCCAGGCGUAAGAAACAUUCUGUUAAAUUAUGCUGUUUACAAUCCAGGAUUUGGCUACACCCAAGGCAUGUCAGAUCUCUUAGCACCAGUUUUAGCUGAGAUCAGAAACGAAUCUGAUGCAUUUUGGUGUUUUGUUGGGCUAAUGCAAAAAGCCAUAUUUGUCUGCACGCCUACAGAUAAUGACAUGGACAAAAAUCUGAACUACCUCAGGGAACUCAUCCGUUUGAUGGUUCCCCAAUUCUAUAAUCAUCUGUUGCGACACAAUGAUGCUAUGGAGCUCCUGUUUUGUCACCGCUGGAUACUUUUGUGCUUCAAAAGGGAGUUUCCAGAACCCAUUGCCUUGAAAAUGUGGGAAGCAUGCUGGGCAAACUAUCUUACGGACUACUUCCACCUGUUCCUAUGCUUGGCUAUAAUCAGCAUUUAUUCAGAUGAUGUUGUGGCACAGGACCUGCGCACAGAUGAAAUGCUGCUACACUUUAGCUCGCUGGCCAUGUUUAUGAAUGGGGAGCUUAUACUCAGGAAGGCAAGAGGUCUGCUGUAUCAGUUUAGGGAGAUGCAGCGAAUUCCAUGUACGGUCGCUGGCCUUUGUCAGCUGUGUGGACCUGGCAUGUGGGACUCCACACAUGCACCUGUUGUUGAAUGCACAAGAAACCAUCUUCCUGGGCAGUCGUGUCCUCAUCGUACUUAGAGCUGGAAGGACAAUAAGAUGUAUUAUGUGGCCCUGCGGUUAUUUGAAAACUCUUAACCAGUCAUUUUAACUACAAAAAAAAAAAAAAAAAAAAGAUUCACUUCUUCUAUUGCCCAGAU